AUGCGCUACUGGGACCACCUUUACCCGCUCUCGCUGCCGCCCUCCUGGGUGCCGGGGGCUGCCGUCGGGAUUGUCUCCUUGCACUUCGUCCACUUCUGGGUGGACCUGAGAUACCUGUUCAAGGUAUUCAGGUAUGGGCUGAGAGUGGAGAUGUACCGGCUGCGAGGGAGGGGUGUCACCGUCCUGGACAAGUUUGUGAAGCUAGCAGAGAAGCAGCCCCACAAGCCGUUUCUCAUCUACGAAGGGAAGGUUCACACCUACCGGGUCCUCAACUUCAAUGUCCGCUCCAGAUCUCUUCUGCACUGUGUCAGUAGCUGCGAGCCCAAGAUACUGGUUGUGGGAGCAGAUUUGCUUGGAACACUGGAAGAAAUUCUUCCUAACCUUCAAAAAGAUAUUAGUGUUUGGAUAAUGACCAAAGACUCCACUUUUCCGAGUGUGCAUACCCUGUUGGACAAAAUAGAAGCUGCAUCUGAAGACCCAGUCGCAGUUGAUCGAUGCUCUGUCAACAACCUCAAGUCAGCUGUUUUAUAUAUAUUUACUUCAGGAACAACAGGUCUUCCAAAGGCUGCAGUCAUCAGUCACAUGCAGGUUCUUAAAGGAGCUGCUGGACUGUGGGCUUUUGGUGCUACUGGAGAAGACAUCAUUUAUAUCACUCUGCCUCUUUAUCACAGUGCAGCAUCUCUUCUUGGCAUCAGUGGAUGCAUUGAACUGGGUGCAACCUGUGUGUUAAAAAAGAAGUUCUCAGCUAGUCAGUUUUGGAGUGACUGCAAAAAGUACAAUGUGACUGUCAUCCAGUACAUUGGAGAACUUUGCCGUUACCUUUGCAAUCAGCCUGUGAAGGAAGAAGAAAAAAAUCACAAAGUCCGACUAGCAGUUGGAAAUGGAGUAAGAAAUGAUGUUUGGAGGGAAUUUUUAAACAGAUUUGGAGCUAUUAAGAUCUGUGAGUUCUAUGGUGCUACUGAAGGAAACAUUUGUUUCAUGAACCACACAGGAAAAAUUGGAUCUGUUGGACGCACCAAUUUCUUUUACAAGCUUUUUUUCCCGUUUGAUUUAAUCAAGUAUGAUUUCCAAAAAGAUGAACCGGUUAGAAAUAAGCAUGGUUGGUGUGAAAAAGUUAAGAAAGGUGAGGCUGGUCUUCUCAUUUCCAAAGUCAAUGCGAAGAAUCCCUUCUUUGGUUAUGCUGGCAAUAAGAAACACACGGAAAAGAAAUUACUCUGUGAGGUAUUUAAGAAGGGAGAUAUUUAUUUUAACACUGGAGACCUAAUGGUUCAAGACCAGGACAAUUUUUUAUAUUUUUGGGACAGGAUUGGAGAUACUUUCAGAUGGAAAGGGGAGAAUGUUGCAACUACAGAAGUUUCUGAUGUCAUUGUAAUGUUGGACUUCAUACAAGAAGCAAACGUGUAUGGAGUAUCUGUGCCAAACCCUGAAGGUAAGGUUGGCAGAACAUCUCUGCUGUUACUAGCAGCUGAUGGUUUAAGUGUGCAGUUAUUUUUGAACUUGGAGCAAAUGUAUAAACAAGUAGUGACCUAUCUACCGAGUUAUGCUUGUCCCCUGUUCUUAAGAGUCCAGGAGAAAAUGGAAAUCACUGGAACAUUCAAACAGCAAAAAUUUCGACUUGUGGAUGAAGGUUUUAAUCCAUCUACAAUUACUGAUCCUCUGUAUUUUCUAGAUAAUUCUAAGAAAGCAUAUGUCUUGUUAACCAAAGAAGUACAUGAGAUGAUCUUAUCUGGGAAAAUGAAGCUUUAA